CAUAAACGCGCGCUGCGACCGGCGAGCCGGAUAGAUACUCCACGCAAGAGGUGGACGAGAGCGGCGGCGGCGCGGUGGUAGAGGACGAGAGAAGGUGAUGGCGAGGACCGACAGCUGCCUGGCGCGCGUGGGCGCCGGAGCCGCCAUCGGCGGCGCGGUGGGCGGAGCCGUCGGUGCUUGCUAUGGAACUUUUGAGGCAUUCAGAUACAAGAUUCCUGGGUUGCUAAAGAUAAGAUACAUUGGACAGACCACUGUGGGCAGCGCAGCAAUUUUUGGGCUUUUCUUGGGGGCUGGCAGCUUGAUUCACUGUGGAAAAUCCUACUAGUUUGUGUCAUCCUUUUUUUUGGAAAAAUACUCAGUUGAUGGGCUUCCCUGGGUGGCCUCAGAUGACGUCUGUGAAAACAUUUUUCAAUGCUUAUGUGCAAUUUAACAGCUAAUAGCUCAGGGUGGAAAGAACAAUCAUGUUAUUUGAUAUGCUGGUCCUAGUUUUGGUGUGGAAAUAAAAUCCAUGUUCAUCUGUACGCUUGAAUCA